AUGGCCAAAGAGUAUAAGCAGUGUAAAGGGAUUACGUCCAAAGGCAUACAAUGCAAAAUAAAUGCUCCUGAAGGAUACUGCCAUUAUCAUAUAGCACAACGAGACAAAAAAACCAAAAUAAAUGCUAGUCCAAUAAAGGUUCGAUCAAUCAAUGGAAAUGGAAGAGAAAUACAGGGGAAUACAAUACCACGAGGUACAAGCCCCACUAAACAGACGGAGAAAAAUGGCUACAUUUAUGUCUACACAUUAACUCGAUUAUUGAGUAAUAAUGACAAGGAUUGGUCUCUUAAAGUUAGAAAUUUGCCCAAUGUUUCCAGUAAACAUAGAGAUACAUGGAUUCCUUUUAAGUCCGAAAAAUCCCCAUAUAUGUUAAUCAAAGUGGGUAUGACGACACAAACCGUACAGCGUAGAUUGAGACAAUGGCAAGACAAAUGCCACCAUGAUUUGACGUGCUUGCAUCCACAUAAAAAGAUCGAAUCGUCAAGUAAAAUUGAUCUGAUAAUCUAUAGAUUUAGAGGGUUGUCUAUAAAGAAACAACCAGUGAAAUUCCGAACAUACAGAGAGGAGCAAUCUGGAUUUCAAUGUCCACGAGGCGUUAAUGUAGCCGAGUCUGAGAUCCAUAGAAUGCUUAUAACAAAGUAUGGAAGUGGAGAUGUUUAUUGCACUGGAUGUAAAGGAGUUUCACCCGUUGAAGACAGUUCAAAAUGGAAGUUGUUUAAUCAUAAGCUGCAUUCGAACGAUCCGUUUCGAGAUGGAUACAAUAUACAUGUUGAAUGGUUUUUAAUACCUAAGAAAGAUCUUGAGAGAGUAUAUCAGUUAAUCGAUACAAUAUGCUCUAAAUACUACAACUGA